UUGGAAAAUUUUUUAGCAUCUGUUGGCGUUACCGGGGACUCAUCCGAUUUCUUUGCAAGACUGUUAAACCUCUUAUUCGUCUAUUCUUCUUGGAAAUUUCAAAGUAGCUUUGCAAGUGCUGCCGAGCAAGCGAUGAUGGAGAAACUUGGUCCGACUGCCACUCCUAUUUGGGAUACAGUAUCGAAUAUGUCAUGGAUUCUUUUGAACACAGAGCCACUUUUGGAUUUCGACAGACCUACACUGCAUAAAAUUGUUCCCAUUGGUGGGCUAGGUGAAUGGAAUCGAACGCUUAAUAUCAGGCAAAGGAAUGUGCUCGUUUCUUUUGGUAGUGUGGCAACCACUUCGAAAAUGCCUAAGGAGAUGAAGCAGACAGUUCUAAAUGCAAUAAAGUCGCAUCCGGACAUUACGUUCAUAUGGAAGUAUGAUCAGUUGGAUGAUCCUGCUGCUGCUGGUGUAGACAAUCUUAUUCUCUCAAAGUGGACUCCACAAACAGACCUAUUGGGUAUCAGUGCAACGUUCGGGAAACCGCUAGUGGCCAUUCCCUUGUUUGCUGAUCAGAUGAGGAAUGCACAGCUGGCUGAAAAAUUUGGCUUUGGUGAGUACCGAAUGGCAGCUCUUCGAAUGAAGAACCUUCUCAAACAUCGUCCUUUCACUCCGCAGGAGAAAUUAGUCAAGACAGUCGAAAUUGCUGCUCAGUUCGGCGAUAUGCCUGAAUUGAAAGUGUCAGGAAGGAAGUUGGGGUUUGUUGUGUAUUACAAUCUUGAUCUGCUAGCAAUGCUCUUCGCAAUCUUCGCUCUAAUGACUGUCGUUCCACUUUAUCUUCUUUAUCGAUGUACUCGUAGGCGUUCUUUCGAUACGAAAUUAAAACCUCAAUAG